UCCUGAUAUGCACGGAUGCCUCUUUUGUUUAUACCUGAAUUUGUCUAGCUAAGAGUAGUACUGUUAUUUGAGUUGGAUUCCUCCUAACAUAGCUUUGAUCUUUUGCAGAUUUAAGAUGUGUACAUAGGUGUUGGGGUCUUGUCUACAGGUCCCCCCUCUAUUGAGAUAUAGUGGUUCAUUCUGGCGUAAUGUUGGAAGGUCAAUCUUGCCUGAUCUCGAGGUCUCUGCCCAGCUCCUGCGAGCAGGAAUCCAGAUUAGCUUAUAUGACUUACCAUCUCCUCGAGAUCACGAGGAGUAAGCGCCCAUCUGGGGUCCUGGCUAUUGAGCACGAGGGAAUUUCUGCUGCAGCAGUGCUGGCAAAAAGGCCCAAGUCUGAGGAUAAGCACGAUGGUGUGCCAUUGGACUGUCAAGGCAGUAAUCAGGGCUACUCUGAUUCAAGCACCCUGAUAAACUCUAUUGGCCGAGAUAACUCAAUCAAUUGCCUCGCCCGUUGCUCUCGGUCCGAUUAUGGCUCAAUUGCAUCACUCAACAGGAACUUCCGUUCCCUUGUCCGCGAGGGUGGACUGUACAAAGAACGGCGGAGGUUAGGUAUUGCUGAACACUGGGUAUAUUUCUCUUGCAAUGUGCAGGAGUGGGAGGCGUAUGACCCUUACCGUGCGCGGUGGAUGACGCUCCCAAGGAUGCCGCCUAACGAGUGUUUCAUGUGCUCUGACAAGGAGUCGUUAGCUGUGGGCACUGAACUUCUGGUGUUUGGCAAGGAAAUUCUUGCACAUAUUGUUCUUAGCUAUAGCAUUUUGACCAACUCAUGGUCAAGAGGUGUUGAAAUGAAUGCCCCUAGAUGUUUGUUUGGAUCAGCUAGUUUUGGGGAGAAGGCAAUUAUAGCUGGCGGCAUGGAUUCUCAAGGGCGCGUGCUUCGCACUGUUGAGCUGUACAACUCUGAGACUAGAAGGUGGAUAACACUUCCAAGCAUGAACAAGGCGAGGAGAAUGUGUUCUGGAGUCUACAUGGAUAACAAGUUUUAUGUUAUUGGUGGAAUGGCCAGUAACACGGAGGUACUGACCUGCGGAGAAGAGUAUGAUCUAGAUAAGGGUACCUGGAGGCUGAUAGAGAACAUGUCAGAGGGACUCAAUGGUGCAAGUGGUGCUCCUCCCCUUGUUGCUGUAGUAGAUAAUGAGUUGUAUGCAGCACAGUAUGCAGGAAAAUUAGUAAGAAAGUAUAAUAAGAGUGAUAACACAUGGACAACACUUGGAGAGCUACCAGAGCGUCCAGAAGCUGUCAAUGGCUGGGGUAUUGCAUUCAGGGGAUGUGGAGAGCGGCUCUUGGUGAUUGGUGGACCAAGAGUACUGGGUGGUGGGAUGAUUGAACUCCAUUCGUGGAUCCCGAGGGAUGGGCCCUUGCAAUGGAACAUGAUCGGAAGCAAACCUUCUGGCAACUUUGUGUAUAACUGUGCUGUCAUGGGGUGCUGAUUCUGGCGCUGCCCACCCGUCGAACAUACUGUCAACAAGAAAGAUUGUGAUAUUGGUUUCUCAAAUGGCUGGCAUAAAGCACUGAUUCUGCCUGAUUGGUAAUCUCUGCCUGUUUUUUCUUCUUCUCCUUUGGACAUUUCAGAUUUUACUCGAUGUUCAAUAGAGUAGCUGCUCCCGUGUGUUCGUUAACAGUUACUGUUCGGUCUCUUUUUUUCCGCACAUUUGAUUCGGAGCUGGGGAUCUGUACCUGGUCCAUAUACUCUGUCAAAAAUGAGAGUUCCCUGAGAUGGAUGCAUCUAGGUGACAAAUUGUAAUUGAUGUAGCCUUGCAUCUGUACAAUUGUAUUGGAUUCUGAAUGGUGUCAGCUUCAUAGUA